AUGUCACGCCUUGGGGCCGUCUAUAGUGCGCAUCGCUCCAGCUUCUGGGCUGCCGUCGCCGCUGACUACGGGCCCAAUGCCAGCCCUAUGGUUUUGGAGCAGGCUUGGAAGAGCGGCAACCCUGCUUACUAUCAGCAGACGGCUACUCCAAUCACCCCUGUGGGCAGCCCUGAUGACCGUGACGCCUAUGGCAUGAAACAGGACAAGACCAGGAUUUCUGCUAUUCUUGGCAUCGACGCGAACCCGCGUAGCCCUAAGGAGCGCGAGAUGGUUCGAAGACUUGAAGAGGAGAGGGUUAUGGUGGGCGUCGGCGCCUAA